AUGUUCAUCCCCAAGGUCCCUACCAAGGAUUCACCCGAUUCAUUUGAAUUUUGGUGGAAAAUGAUCGCCAGCGCACUUCUGGUUCUUGCGGGAGGCGUCUUCGCUGGAUUAACACUUGGUCUCAUGGGGCUUGACGAACUUCAUCUCCGUGUAUUAUCUACCUCAUCAGAAGAUAAGACAGAACGGAAAAAUGCACAGAUUGUGCUAAACCUCAUGCAAAGGGGUCGCCACUGGGUUUUGGUGGUGCUACUUCUCAGCAAUGUGGUCAUCAACGAGAGCUUGCCCAUCUUUCUUGACAGCGCGCUUGGAGGAGGUUUACUUGCUAUAGUAAUUUCAACAACUGCCAUCGGUAAGGUUAUACCUCAAGCAUUUUGCGCGAGAUACGGACUCGCCAUCGGCGCGCGAUGUGCACCAUUUGUUCUCUUCUUGAUGUACCUCUUCGCACCCAUCGCAUAUCCAACAGCCAAACUUCUCGACCGCGCCUUGGGAGCUCACGGUACUCACACCUACAAGAAAGCUGAACUUAAAUCAUUCCUCCAAUUCCACCGUACUGGCCAAGAGCCUUUGCAUGAUGACGAGAUCGGCAUUCUCAAUGGCGUUCUGGAGCUCAGCAGUAAGAAUGUGGAGACGAUCAUGACUCCCAUUUGUGACGUUGUCAUGUUGAGCUCGGAUACAAUUCUGGACCACUCCACUGUUGACGCUAUCCUCGCCAGCGGCUUCUCUCGGUUUCCCGUGCACCAACCAGGAAAUCCACUCGAAUUUGAGGGCCUCCUUUUGAUCAAGAAGUUGCUGAUGUAUGACCCCGCGCAAGGACUCCCAGUCUCGCACUUCCCUCUGACCAUUUUACCCGAGGCCCCACCAUCAAUCAACUGUUUCCAAGCGCUCGACUAUUUCCAAACAGGGCGCGCUCAUUUAUUGUUGAUAAGUCGGACGCCUGGUUCCGCUGGUGGCGGAAUUGGUGUGAUUACUUUGGAAGCUGUCGUAAGUACAUGUCAUAAUAGUCUCUUCCAGGAAAUUAUAUCAGAAGAGAUCGUCGACGAAACGGACCAAUACGAGGACAACCAGAGUAAGCGGCAUGCCAAGCGCCUGUUCAAUGCGACCGUCAUGCGGGACAUCGUUGAACGGGAGAGAAGUAUACUCACGCGGAUGUCCUCUAUCGAACAUGUGCAAGUGCCUUCUAUAACUAUUGAGACCGCGCCCCUCCUUCCUGGGCCAAGCCAGGACAACUAUCAUCGAGCUCACCGUUAUUUGUACGAUUCAAUCGGUGAAUCAUAA